AUGGAUAAUGACAAUCAGACGACAGUCACAGAAUUCCUCCUCCUGGGACUCUCUGGAGAGUCAGAACAAGAAGACGUUGUCUUUGGGAUGUUCUUGGGGAUGUACAUGGUCACCAUCUCUGGGAACCUCCUCAUCAUCCUGGCCAUCAGCUGUGACCCUCAUCUCCACACACCCAUGUACUUCUUCUUGGCCAACCUCUCCAGUGUUGACAUCUGCUUUUCCUCAGUCACCGUCCCCAAGGCUCUGGUGAAUCACAUGGUGAGAAGCAAGUCCAUCUCUUACACAGAGAGUUUGAUGCAGAUCUACUUCUUGUUUGCAUUUGGCAACAUGGACAGCUUCCUCCUGAGUGUGAUGGCCUAUGACCGCUAUGUGGCCAUUUGUCACCCACUCCACUACACCCUGAUGAUGAGGCCCAGACUCUGUGUCCUCCUGGUGGUCCUAUCAUGGGUCAUCACACACCUGCAUGCUCUCUUGCACACUCUCCUCAUGGUUCAACUCACCUUCUGUUCCCACAAUGCAGUGCCCCACUUCUUCUGUGAUCUCUACCCUCUCCUGAAACUCUCUUGUUCAGAUACCUUUAUCAAUGAUGUCACAGCCUUUGCUGAGGGUGCAGUGGUAUUUCUGAUACCAUUUAUAUGCAUCAUUGUUUCUUAUGUUUACAUUUUCUCCAAUGUCUUAAAGAUGCCCUCUGCCCAGGGGAUAAGAAAAGCCAUGUCCACUUGUGGUUCUCACCUCACUGUGGUCUGCCUCUUCUAUGGGGUAGUCCUAGGAGUUUAUAUGCACCCUCCUUCCUCCUACUCACUACAGGAUGCAAUGGCCUCUGUCUUCUUCAUGGUGGUUAUACCCAUGACCAAUCCCUUCCUCUACAGCCUGAGGAAUCGUGACAUGAAAGGAGCCUUAAGGAAGAUAAUUCUCAGAUCCUUGAAUUUGAAAUUUGUAGAGCUGAGAGGAAGAGCAGGUGGCAAGUAA